CUUCGAGAGAGCAUUACUCUGCCGCGCACUCACUUCACUACUUUCAUCUACACCGUCCAUUCGCCAUCAUCAUCACAAACAGAGAAACUAAACGGUCCUAACUAACCCAUACAACAGAAUCACGUGACUAACUGCAGGGAAUCAUAGCCAGCAGAGUUAAGCACUGUUGUUAAACACCUAAACCAAAACGAGACCAUGGGACAAUCACUGUCAUCUCACAAAUCUCGAGCUGUUUUCCUGGUCUUACGUUCGUUCUUCAUUUUAAUCAUUUCACUACUUCACUUAGAUUUUAUUUAUUUAUUUUUUAUAUAGUUUUGUUUUUUUUUCCUUAGUGUACUUUUUCAUUUUCUUUUUGUCGUAAUAAUAAAAUUGCUUCGUCCUUUUCAACUUCGUUUCCCUCGAGGCAGCAAUGAACGACUUUCCAAAAGGGGUUUGCUUGCUUUUAUGCUUGUGUGCGCUUUGGCAUUGAAGCUUUGUUUGGUAGAAAAGUUUAAAGGAGUCAGAAGAGAAAGUUCCCAGUUAAAAAAGUUCCAAACUUUUUCAGCUCCCAGAAUUUGAUUCGGUUUUUCUGUUUCAUGGAAGGUGUCAAGUUGGUUGCUUGGUUCUUCUCCUUGUUUAUUUUGUGUUCGAUGCCAUUGGUUGUUGAGGGCACUGACAGCCUUCUCUCUCCAAAGGGUGUCAACUAUGAAGUUGCUGCUUUGAUGUCCAUGAAGAAUAAAAUGAACGAUGAAUUGCACGUCUUGAAUGGCUGGGAUAUUAAUUCGGUUGACCCUUGCACUUGGAACAUGGUUGGUUGCUCUGCCGAGGGUUAUGUCAUUUCCCUGGAAAUGGCUAGUGCUGGUUUAUCUGGAACUCUUUCGUCAGGAAUUGGAAAUUUGAGCCAUCUCCGAACAUUGUUACUGCAGAACAAUCAGUUAUCUGGUCCUAUCCCGGCUGAAAUAGGCAAGUUGUCAGAGCUUCAAACUCUAGACCUUUCCGGUAACCAGUUUGUUGGAGAAAUUCCUAGUUCUUUGGGCUUAUUGUCUCAACUAAGUUACUUGCGGCUCAGCAAAAAUAAUCUAUCUGGACAGAUCCCUCCACUUGUUGCUAACUUGACAGGCCUUUCAUUCUUGGACUUGUCAUUUAAUAAUCUCAGUGGUCCCACUCCAAAAAUUUUGGCCAAAGGUUACAGUAUUUCAGGAAAUAACUUCCUUUGUACAUCUCCUUCGGAACAUUGUAUGGACAUUUCAAAACCACUAAAUGAUACAGGAUCAUCUCAGAAAGUCAAGAGUCAUCACCAAAGGGUGAUUUCUGUUGUUGUUGGCAUCAGUUGCACAUUUAUAAUUUCAGUGAUGCUUGUGUGUUGGUUGCAUUGGUACAGAUCACGCAUCCUCUAUACAUCUUAUGUGGAGCAAGAUUGUGAAUUUGAUAUUGGCCAUUUGAAGAGGUUCACCUUCCGUGAACUACAAAUUGCUACUGGAAAUUUCAGUCAAAAGAACAUCCUUGGACAAGGAGGCUUUGGCAUUGUCUACAAAGGAUGCCUUACAAACAAAAUGCUGGUGGCAGUGAAGAGGCUGAAGGAUCCCAAUUACACCGGAGAAAUGCAAUUUCAAACUGAAGUUGAGAUGAUCGGCUUGGCUGUGCAUCGUAACCUUUUGCGUCUCUAUGGAUUUUGUAUGACUCCAGAUGAAAGGUUACUUGUUUAUCCCUACAUGCCUAAUGGCAGUGUUGCUGAUCGCUUGAGAGACACAUGCCGAGAAAAGCCAUCUCUGGACUGGAACAGGCGAAUGCGAGUUGCUGUUGGCGCUGCACGCGGGCUUCUGUAUUUACACGAGCAGUGCAACCCUAAAAUAAUCCACAGAGAUGUUAAGGCUGCAAACAUUUUGCUAGACGAAAGUUUUGAAGCUGUGGUGGGGGAUUUUGGCCUUGCUAAGCUGUUGGAUCAAAGGGAUUCGCAUGUCACCACCGCCGUGCGCGGUACAGUAGGCCACAUUGCCCCGGAGUAUCUCUCCACUGGACAGUCUUCUGAGAAAACAGAUGUUUUUGGAUUUGGCAUAUUACUUCUGGAGCUCAUAACAGGACAAAAGGCACUAGAUGCUGGGAAUGGUCAAGUACAAAAGGGAAUGAUUCUUGAUUGGGUUAAGACAUUAUUUGAGGAGAAGCGGCUAGAAGUGUUAGUUGAUAGGGAUCUAAGGGGAUGCUUUGAUCCAGUUGAGCUAGAAAUGGCAGUGGAGUUGUCUUUACAGUGCACUCAGUCACUUCCGAGUCUGCGGCCGAAGAUGUCGGAAGUCUUGAAGAUUCUAGAAGGCCUGGUUGGGCAGUCGGCGCAGCCGGAGGAGUCACAAGGAGGGUCUAACUUAUAUGAAGAAAGAGCAUGCAGUUUCUCCCAAAACUAUAGUGAUGUUCAUGAAGAACCUUCCUUUGUUAUUGAAGCCAUUGAGCUUUCUGGUCCUCGGUGACAAUAAAGUGUACUUUAUUCCAUUUUGUAAAUGAAUUUUGCAUUUUAUGAAUAAUUGAAUAUAGAAACGUACAUAGAAAUAUAUUUAUUUCCCAUGCUCUCUAUUCUUAACUAGAGCUGGGUCCAUAUGAUCACAAGUUAUUGCAUUUAGUACGAAUUUUCACGAGUUA